UUUUUUUUUUUUGAAGGAAAGUGACAAAUCUUUGUUAUUGUCUUUUGGUUCAAAGAACAAGUGCCAAUUUAUUUUCUUGUAUUUUUUGUGUCUUUCUGAUUAGUCUUUUUCAUAUUGCAAAUAAAAAAAAAAGAAUUCGGUGAAGAGGGUCAUAACAUAACACAAACAUUGUAACCAUUGUUUUGUGUUGAAAAAAAUGGAAGAUGGAAAUGUUGGAGAGACAUUGUUGAAGAAAAAGUACUAUGAGAAUUGUCCUGGUUGUAAAGUUGACAAAGCAAAAGAGCUCAAAACUGAUGUUUCAUUUCGAAAUCUCUUGAACAUAUGGAUGGUGGUUUUAUGCAGCUCUCUACCUAUAUCAUCUCUAUUUCCUUACCUAUAUUUCAUGAUAAGAGAUUUCAAUAUUGCAAAAAGAGAGGAGGACAUAAGUGCUUAUGCAGGUUAUGUGGGAUCUGCAUUCAUGCUUGGAAGAUCUUUGACAUCAAUAUCAUGGGGGAUAGUAGCAGAUCGUUACGGUAGAAAACCUGUGGCAAUUUUAGGGAUUAUCUCGGUUAUCAUCUUCAACACACUAUUUGGCCUUAGCACGAGUUUUUGGAUGGCUGUUACAACGCGGUUUUUUCUUGGAUGUUUAAAUGGUUUGCUUGGACCAAUGAAGGCAUACUGCUCUGAAAUUUUUCGAGAAGAAAAGCAAGCUCUUGGACUCUCAACUUUCAGUGCAGCUUGGGGCAUAGGUUUAAUAAUUGGACCAGCUUUGGGAGGUUAUUUGGCUCAGCCAACUGUAAAAUACCCAAAUCUAUUUCCAAAGGAUUCCUUCUGGGACAAGUUUCCAUAUUUCUUGCCUUCCAUUUCGAUAUCAGCUUUUGCGUUUGUGGUAGCAAUUGCCUGCAUCUGGCUUCCGGAAACAUUACACAACCACCCUCUUAGCAAUGAGUCCAUUGAUGAUGCUGAAGCUUUAGAAACUGGAAGAAAUGGGAGAGCAGGCAAAAACAAGAUAAUCCAAAAAGAUGAAAACCUCUUCCUAAACUGGCCCUUAAUGUCAUCUAUUGUUGUGUAUUGCAUUUUCUCACUUUAUGAUAUUUCUUAUCAAGAGGUCUUCUCAUUAUGGGCGGUUAGUCCUAGAAGGUUGGGUGGUUUGAACUUCACAACUGAAAAUGUUGGUGAUGUUCUUGCAAUAUCAGGUAUUGGUCUUAUUGUCUACCAGCUUUCCCUAUACCCAUCAUUAGAAAAAUCUUUUGGACCUGCAAGAUUUGCUCGCAUCUCCGGGGUGUUAGCCAUACCUAUUUUGCAAAGUUACCCCUUCAUAGCAAUGCUUUCUGGAAUCACAUUAUACCUAGUGAUUAAUAUUGCUUCUCUUCUGAAGAAUAUUCUCAGUGUGACCAUAAUCACAGGUUUAUUUCUUAUGCAAAAUAGAGCAGUGGAGCAACGUCAAAGAGGGGCAGCUAACGGCAUUGCUAUGACUGGAAUGUCAAUAUUCAAAACAAUUGGUCCAGCUGGAGGUGGUGCAGUAUUAGCUUGGUCACAAAAACGGAUGCACGCAUCUUUUCUCCCAGGGACUCAUAUGGUAUUUUUUGUCCUGAAUAUUGCUGGAGGACUUGGAGUUCUAUUGAUGUUUACGCCAUUUUUGACUGAAAAAAAGAAAACACCCUCUCAGCAGUUACACUAACAUAAAUAAAGGAUAUAAAUUGAACCUUUUCUCUAUAAAAAUCCUCUUUAGAGAAAAAGGGUGAGGAUUAUUAAUGCAUAUCAAUCACAGGACCAGAUUGAUGCUUUCACAUUAUGGUUCUCUAUCAUAGUAGCCUGCCAUCGAAUAUUUUUUUGUAUAACCAUGUUACAGUAUUCACUGUCAUUUAGUAGUGAUUAAUCUCUGUCGUACGAUCUAUUAGGUGCACAAGGUGAGUUUUUCCCUCCCGACCUAUUUUGUCCGAAUGUGAUAAGAUAUGUUCGUGGUCUGUGCCAUCCUAUAUAUGUGUUGUUGUAACAAUCAAUAGUAUGAAUCAAUACAAUCAUACCUUUUUAUUUUCCCUGUAUGGUUAAA